AUGGCGUGGGAGCACCUCUCGAUCAAUCGGCCGCAUCUGGUCUAUAUCAUCCUCGGUGGCUUCACCUCCUUGUUCAUGCUGUGCUCCUCAUUCAUCAAGGAGCGAUUGUACAUUGGCGAAGCAACCGUAGCCACCAUUUGUGGGGUCAUUUUCGGGCCUCACGCGGCGAAUCUGAUCGAUCCAGACACAUGGGGUAACACGGACCAAAUAACACUUGAAUUCUCCCGCAUCGUGCUCGUUGUGCAAUGUUUUGCCGUCGGUGUAGAAUUACCAAAGUAUUAUAUGGAAAAGCACUGGCGCAGUGUGGUGUUCCUGCUAAUACCAGUCAUGACAUUUGGAUGGCUGGUUACAAGUUUGUUCAUUUGGUGGAUGAUACCUACGCUGAACUGGCUAGAGAGUUUGUGUUGCGCGGCCUGUGUUACUGCUACAGAUCCUGUCCUCGCCAGUUCCGUUGUUGGUAAAGGCAAGUUCGCCAAAAGAGUGCCGAAACAUUUGAGAGAUGUCCUUUCUGCCGAGUCCGGCUGUAACGACGGCAUGGCAUUUCCAUUCAUCUAUCUUGCUCUGUAUAUUAUUGAGUACAGACAUGAACCCAAUGCCGUUUCCCUUCAUUGGUUCGCAAUUACAAUUCUGUAUGAAUGUGUUUUUGGGGCCUUUUAUGGUUUCAUGGUUGGAUACAUUGGCAGACAUGGCAUUAAACUAGCAGAAAAGCACGAUCUCGUGGACCGGGAAAGCUUUCUCGUCUUCUACUUCGUCCUCGCCCUGUUCUGCGCUGGGUCUGGAAGUAUCCUAGGUGUUGAUGAUCUACUCGUCGGUUUCGCUGCAGGUGUCGGAUUCUCUAAUGAUGGAUGGUUUACACAAAAGACAGAAGAAUCUCACGUCUCCAACGUCAUUGAUCUGUUGCUCAAUCUGGCAUAUUUUGUCUACCUUGGCACAAUCAUCCCCUGGGAACAAUACAACAACGCCGCUAUUGGUCUUACGCCGUGGAGGUUGGUUGUCAUUGCUCUUUUCGUCAUUUUCUUCCGCCGGAUCCCUGUCAUGAUGGCACUGAAACCUUUGAUACCUGAUAUCAAAACAUGGCGAGAGGCUUUGUUUGCGGGUCAUUUUGGCCCCAUCGGAGUCGGAGCUAUUUUUGUUGCUAUUCUUGCCAGAGCUGAACUGGAGGGAGGAUCAACCACACCUUUGGCAACGUAUACUGACCCAGAGGCGAAAAACUACAUCAUUGUUGCGCUUAUCUGGCCUAUCACAACUUUCCUCGUCAUAUCAUCAAUCCUUGUCCACGGCUCAUCAAUUGCAGUUUUCACGCUUGGUAAGCAUAUCAACACACUUCACUUAACAAUGUCAUAUACAACAGCUGGCCCGGACGGCCCGAAUUGGAUGAAUCGACUUCCGCGUAUCUCGUCCACAUCAAGGUCACAGGCGAAAUCUGUCGCAUCAGAGACAGAUGGAGAGCCACUAGACUUGCCUCCUGGGUCUCUUCCUCCUAUUGGCAUGCCAGGAAACUUUCUUCGCCGUCAGAAGGAAGAAGACAACCCGAGUCAUAACGGAAGUCGGGCGUCGUCAAUCAUCCCACGCCGACGCAAGAAAAAGUGGGACGAUGGUCACGGUCCUGGAGGUCCUGUCAGCGAGUCUGCAAUUUAUCCUCAGCGCCGGAGUCAGAGUGAAAAUGUAAGUGUUUCAGAUACUUUGACACCCGGAGAAUCCCCAGCGGAGGCAAACGAUGAUGACGAGAAGAACGAGGGCGAGCUUGGAGAGGUGCAGGAUGACCCUGAGAUGCACGAAAUCUUGCACCGGCAUGAAGACGAUGAGAAGCGAGACCAACAUCGAUCGGAUGCAGAGCGACACCCGGAAGCAACAGAGGUUUACCAAGAAGGGGAUGAUGUAAUUAUUGAAAAUGAAGACGGGGACGUCCUAAGUACCGAACUCAGUCCAUCGAGGACCCGUCGAAAAAUCAAACAGGUCGAAAGGGAACCUUUCGGAGAUAAAGAUUAUCCAGCACACGGGGUCAAGAACCUCCGGAAGAAGCUAGGUGUCUGGAUGCACAAGGACGAGGCAGGUGGAGAAAUCCAUGAGAAUCCCCAAAAGACUAAGAAGGAGCACCACAAGACGCGUGGGCCGGCUCUAGCUUAUCAAUUUGGUAAUACUAUUAUCGUUGAAGAUGAAGACGGAGAAGUUGUAAAGAAAUAUGAUAUUCCCGCAGGUGCGAAGCCCCCGCGAGAAGGCGAGCCAAGUGCUACACGGCAAGGCAUUCAGCGUAUGGGAACUUGGACUGGUUUCAGUAGCAAACCUUCCAAUGCCAACGUUGGGGCAUCGACUUCAAAUACUGCGACGCCAGGUGUAGUUCGUCAAGGCAUUUCAAGGAUGAGCACAUGGACGGGCAAGAAACGAGGUGAAGACGACGGUGAAGAUGACCAAGACGACGACCGGCGUAUUAGGUUUAUGAUCGGUGGCGCUGGCCGCCGUCUAACCAAAGAGGAUUUCCUGAAGGAAAUCCAAGCUCUAGACCCACAGGCUCGAAGUGAGAUUGUUGAAAAUAGCAAUGCAGACCCCGCGAUGAAACUUGCAGCCAAGAAAGACGCUAGUACCGAUAGUCCUGGCAGCAGUAGGUUGCUUAAGGCCGUAGGUCACCAAGCAGCUUCCGGCACCCGCACUGCAACAGCUCUAGGCGCAGAAAUGGCACGUCAGCGGGGAGCGCCGAUCAUGGAGCAAUCAAGCGACAGCGAUGACGAACGCGCCGUACGAAGAAGAGCUCCAACCAAAUACAAAAAGCAAACUUCGCCCGGCAAGCAACCGGCGUCUCCAUCGACUAAUACGGGCGAAACCGCUCCAGAGCGCAGGAGAAGAGAGAAGGCUCUAAAAGGCAUCGACGAUGUCACUCCUGCGCAAAGAGGUAGAGCAAGACAAGCCGAGCCGGAUCUGGACGACCCCGAGGUUGAAACAGCAGCGGAGAAGCGACGGAGAGAGGCUGCAUUGGGAUUUGGUGAUGAGGGUGCGGAAGAUGACAGUGAUAGCGAAGAUGAUGAUACGCCGCGUGUGCCGCCACCUGUCGCAAAGCCACGGGGUAUUCGAUUCGCAGAGAGUCCUCAAAGGGGAGGAAAGAAAUAG